GUAUUGACUGCUCUGACUCACUCUAGCGUCGAAGCGGUCAGCGGACUGAGCGCUCGCCCAACUUUCGCUCUUAUUCACCCGAUCUUUAACUUUAGGAGCUGCUGUCACAAAACCUUGUGGCUCUUUGCUCCACUUCCCAACUGCUUUCAGCGCGUGUUUGUGAAAGUCAGCGGCUCUCUCAGCCUGAGCGGAGAAACAUCUGGAGAAGCCGGACUGGAAGGAUAUCAACAUCUGAAGUCUUUCAUCACUCCCUGACGACUACAGUAGAAAACAGAGGUGUGUAUACUUUCAAUGAGAAAAUGCCUCCCAAACGAUCAAAGAACAUGGGGGAUAUUAGGGACUUUCUUUCCAAGCAAACGAACAGUCCCAGUGGCAGCAGCAGCAGAGCAAGCGUGCAGCCAGAAGGACCUAAACCCCCUCAGGGAUUUACGCCAACUCGACCAAAGGAGGAAAAUGACAGUGAUUUUACUGUUCAACAUUCCCACGAAUUUACAGUGAAAUUCAAUCAAGCUAGUUAUGAAUAUACUGUUCAGUGUAAUCAGCUUUGCACAGUGCUGGAAGCCAUAAAAUCAAAUGAGAAAUGCAAUGAGAAGAUUAAGUGUGCAGAUGAGAACAUUAUCAUUCAGCUAGGUAAAGAGGAUAAGAAGUCAAUCGUUGCAACACAUUUCCCUUGUUCUUGUAUUGAUGAUGGUGAGAGUCUGAUCAUAUCAUGUAGAGCAGAAAAAGUUGAAGGUAAAAUCCAACAUUCCAAAAUAGUGCAUCCAAAAGAACACUAUUCUGUCUUCUAUAUAGACACAGUUGGUGGGCUACACACUAAAACAAAGGAACUUUUUAAAAAUAAUGAUGUAAAACAGUUCAAGAACCUCUGUGUUUAUGGAGAAAAGGGAAUAAGUGUGGCUGAGGCUCUGAAGAGAGACGGUCGCUUCAUUGAUGAUCUUGGCUACUUUGAGCUGUCCAACAAUCAGGACCCCAAACGCCUCACUGUAUGCACACAAAAGGUAGAAAAACUACACCAGAAACAAUUCAAGAUACGCCUUCCAAAAGAUAAAAAAGAACACAAUGGAAAGCCGCAAGAAAGCCCAUCAAAUAAUUCUCAAAGUAAGUGUGAAAGAAGAUCAGGGUCAGAGAUCGUCUAUUUAGCACAACAGGAGGGAAUCCGUGUAAAAACCGCAGUGAAAGAAACCAGCGGUGAUGUUGAUACAAACAAGAUUUAUGAACUACUGCGUGAGCAGUUUCCAGAUCUGAAACGAUGGAUGGAGAGUAGAUUCCCUGGUGAUUUGUAUCAGGAAGCACUGAAUCUCAGGAAGGAGAACUUUGGAAAGAUCCAGCACUCCUUCAGUGAAGUUCACAGAGUCAGAAAGCUGCUAGAACUGGGAAAGUCAGUUUGCAAAGUCGUUGUUAAGGAUGUUUCUAUGGGAACAGGCUUUGUGCUGUUUGAUACUUUCAUCCUGACUAACGCACAUUUGUUUAAAGGUUACGUUGAAGGAAAGGAGCUGCAGCAGGAUGUAGAAGUGUAUGCUAUUUUUGACUACGAGAAGUCUGAGCCAGAAACAAAUUUGUACUACUUUAGAGCAGAGAAUACAUUCACUGACUUUGAUGCUGAUCUAGAUUAUGCAGUUCUGGAGCUCAACCCCGAAGGCUCAAAACCAAACCAGCAAACAAGAGCACAGAACAUAAAGGUACCACCAGGGCUGCUCAGUGAGUUUGGACCACUGCCUGCCAAUGGUGAAGCCUGCAUCAUUGGACACCCAGCAGGGGGGGUGAAAAAAAUGGAUCCUACAUGUAUCAUUGAGACAGAUAAGAGAGGGCAGGCUGUUGAUGAACAUUUGUAUCAGUACAAAAACCUGGUCAUCAUCAAAACAAUCAGUGAUUGGCUCAAAAAGCAUGGUAUUGAUGAAAUAUUGAUAGGUGGAAGUAAAGCAGGAAAAGUAGCGACCUACCACACUUUCAUGUAUCACGGUGCCUCUGGUUCUCCAGUGUUUGAUGGACUUGGCAGAGUUUUUGGUUUGCACACUGCAGGUUAUAUCUGUGAGUCAGUCAACAGUGAUGAGAGCGUCAUUGAAUAUGCCAUUCCUCUUCUUACUAUAUUUGAAAACUUUGUGGGAAACCUGAAGGAAAGUGAAAAUGAGGAGCUGUUGAAGAAAGCUGAGAAGGCAGCAAAAAGAAACCCACACCUGAAAGAGAUACUCAGUGCUGAGGAGCCAAUGGAAGUCAGUUAGGUAUACAGAUUAGGGCAAGUGGCAAACUAUUUCUGAUUGCAGAGAUUACCGUUUAUCUAAUGCAUUAUUCUUCAAAGAAUUGAACACAUAAGAUGUAACCUGAACCUGUGCCUCUGGGGACCUGUGGUAUAAGGCACAGGAGGAUUUGGAGCUUAGUGAAGUUACUGUAGCCCUAUACUGAGAUAGAUUACAGUCAAAGCUUACACUGCAGACAUAACCUCAUGCAGAGUAAAAUAAUUUAUAUAAUAAGAAAAUUUCUGAUUUUGCAACUGAAAAACACAGAUACUUUGUAUUUACCCUUUAAGGCACAUUACAAUGGGUGGAAAUUAAUGUUAUAGAUGUGAUGUUUUAAAAACAAGCCUGUAGGUGGCCUUAGUUUAAUGUUUAGAUUUUAGUAGAAGUUUCUACUUAGUGGGUGUGUAGCUUUCUGUGUAGAUGUAUCACCCAGGGUUUUUAUUAUGUUUGUUUUUUUUGUUUUAGAACUACUGGUGGAAGGAAAACCAUCCUUUGAAAAUCAUGUUUUUUUACACCUUGUGUUUUAACAUUGUUGUGUAUGUUUAGUACAAUGUAAUACAAACCACAUGCUGUUAACCUGUUUGUGACAUGUUUAGUGUUGUCAUUAUGAACUGUAAUGUUUCUUUGUUUUUAACUUUCCUUCCUGUUGAAAAAGGGAAUUUGUUUAUUUCAGGACAAGAUUCUUUACACUCUAUUCUUGAAAACCCACACAGGAAAAGAUUUUCUGUCAGACACAUUUUAUGAGGUUUGGUGUACAUGUCUUUGUGGCAAAACUUCCCAAAGAUAAAACCUGUCAUAGUGAGUAACACCAAUCCUUUUUUCCUGUUAUUAUUUCAGUUCUGAAUAAAAUUUAAAAAAUAAAUGCUAAACUCACCUUCA